AACGUAACGUUUCUUUGAGGCAAACGGAGCAAGAAAAGUAAAUUAAAUAAAAAGAAAAAAAUGAGUUACUUGAACCGUGUUUGGAUGGCUGCUACGGUGGCGGUGGCGCAGGGUCACACAGAUCCAGGCCACAAGUGCAAGACGGCGCUCAGCUCUAUUCACCAGAACCGGAGUCGCUUGCUCUCCGGCGGAUGCCUGUCGGAUCUCCGGCCGUUGUCCGGCGUGGUGGGAUCGGAUGUAGCCGGAGCUCUGACGGGGAACUCUGACGUGCCAGAUAGAAUCAGACAGGCUGAUGAUUCUCUAAGGAAAGUGAUGUACUUGAAUUGCUGGGGUCAGGGCUGAAGCACCGGUGGCGUUGAGUACGGUGGAGAUGGAAGUGUUCGCCGGAGAUGUGAGUCCGGUCGAUCUCGGAUCUGAAGAGACCGAGUUGACCUUGACCGGGUUAGAUCGGAUGACUCGGUUGUAGAAAUGUUUUGGCUUCCGAUUUUGUAAAUAUGUACCUAUUUGUACAGCAGAGAUCGGGUUUUUCCCACUCUCGACAGUGGAUGACGAUGACGAUGAUGAUGAUAAAUUAAUAAGAAUGCCUAAAAUUACACAAACUUUUUUCUUUCCUUCUUGUUAUCAUCAACUAUUGGCUAAAAUUCAGCAAGUCUUUCAAUUACGGUGAUGCCUUUCUAAUAAUUGUAUUUUUUUUUUCUAUAUAAAAAAAUUAGGCUGAGAACCCUAAUUUCUUAGAACAAGGUUGAAAACAAUUC